AUGUCAGUUUCUCCUCUAAAUGAACCUUCUGAUUUUACAGGCCACAGCGCAGGGGGCCUAAGCCUGACUCAUGCCAUUCACAUGUUUGGAGCUAAGAAGAUCAGUGCCGCCGUUUUCGCCGGUGCAGUCAUGCUCCGAUCAGGGUUCGUGACUCCGGAAGACAUCGCAAUUGGUACUCCGGGCAUAACUCAAGCGGUGAAAUUAGAGUUUAGACAAGCACCAGACAAGUCUGUGAUAUUGACAAGCUUCGCAUUUCUGCCAAAGUAUAUACGCCAAGUUCUCUACAACAGAAGUCCAGAGGAGGAUAUCCUUCUUGCUUCUGCACUCCUGAAGCCUGCACCAGCACAUGCAAUGCAAACGGCCAGGUUCAACAACACAGGUGUUGAUGUUGAUGGAGUCCCUAGGGUUUAUGUGAAGACCAUGAUGGACAAAGUGUUGGAGCAUGAGGUGCAAGAUGCCAUGAUCAAGAAAUGGCCUCCCCACAAGGUGGUGGCCCUCAAUUCUGACCACUGCCUCUUCUUCUCAGCACCAGAGCAAUUUACAGAAGUAUUGCUGAAGGUCUAGAGCUCAGCCGAGAUCAAUCUUAGAACAAGAUUUAAGAGAACCAUGUCUUUAUCUUUAUCUGAGAUUGUAGUGCCCCUUUGCUUUUUCUUUUUUGGGUUGGUGACUAUUGUCUUGGGUUUUUCCUGCUCUUCGUGAUCUCGUUCUGAGUAUCAUCAGUAUUGGAGGUGAAAUUCAAUAAAAAUUUCACUGUUUUUAUUUA